UAUUACAAUACCAAUACAUAAUCUUGAACCGCAGACAAAUGGGGAAAGAUAACAUUAGCUACCGUUAAGGUGAGUUGUGACACACAGGGCAUAUUAUCCUAAGAUCAACGCAGGGUUGUGAUUUUAUAGCAACCUUUGUACACGGCUUUUUAGGUUUUUGCGCCAAAUAUACAAGACAUAACAAGAAAGCAAGAUGGAACAUUCACUACUAUGUUUAACUUUUUUCGACCAUUGUAUGUAAACACACCGUCAUUACGAUCAAAACCUGGUAACAAAGAUGAUAUUAUAGUUGGUUAAUUAACUGGUGUAAAUUUUCCAAGAAAAUUUACACCAAUCAAAAGAUUUCCAAAAUCAAUUUUGCAAAUAUUUUUCAAUCCAAAUGUAAUAAUUAUCUCACUUUAGGACAUAACGAAUCGAAAAUAGACCAUACUCUCAAAAAAUUUUCUAUGGCUACUGAGAGCUGGAAACAAAGUUGAUAUUAAUGGUUUAACACCAUGGGAACUAUUUUGUAUGCUUGGAAUCCAGACCUUUAAACAAGACUUUUUUAACAGCGCACACUGUGCAUUGCUUUACCAUGAUCUCGUAGAAUUCACGGAAGAGAGUUUAUGUAAAAUAACACUUCGAAAAAACUCGUAACAGGUUUUCUUAUGAGUAUACUCGAAAUAUAAAAAAAUAUAGUAUAAACAAAGAAUUAAACAGAAAACUCUAAAGGUGGAAUGAUUGAUCAAGCAGAACGUUUACUGAUGUUAGUAAUGCUUCAUUGGUUUCAAAACAUCGCUUCUUUGUCAGGAGCCUCAUACGGUUUUCACGCUGAUUGGAUGGGCAAUCUAUCACUUCAACUGCAAAACAUUAAGCUUACUCACCUUGCCAUCCCUGGUUCUCAUGACUCCGGAUCAUACUCACUACAGCCUGAGCACAUCAAUCUAUUAGAUAAAGACAAGUUCACCAGAUAUUUUCAAAUGGCACUGAAUGGCUCUAAAAAGUCAUCUAUGGGAAACCUGAUUUAUCGUUGGAGUAAAACACAAGACUUGAACAUCACGAGCCAGCUCAAUCUUGGUGUACGAUAUUUAGAUCUGCGAAUUGCUGUCGAUGCUAGUAAAAAUUGUUACAUUGUACAUCGGCUGGUUGGUACAUCACUGGAUAGUAUAUUAACCCAAGUUAAACGGUUUCUUUUGAAACAUCCCAAAGAAAUUAUUUUAUUAGACUUUAACCAUGUCUAUUUUGAUCCAAGUAUAUCAAAACAAGCAGCUCAAGAUACCAUUAUGAAAAGCGUUGUCAUGACACUGGAUUCUCGUUUGUGUCCGUGUACUGCAACGAGUAGAUACACUCUCAAGGCAUUUUGGGAUCUUAAUUGUCAAAUAUUAGUAUUUUUUGCAGGAUUUGUAGAACGACGUGGUUACAAAGUUUGCCCAGAAGAUUUUAUAACUUCUCCAUUUCAAGAAAAUAUGUUUACUCAAAAAUCAACUUGGCUGCGUUUCUUAAAUACAAAUUAUAAACGAGAAAAACAUAAUGACGCAUUUUACGUCACUCAAGGGAUUAUGCAACCUCACUGGAUGGAAGUUGCCAUGGCUGGGAUUUCCGAGCAAGCGAGUUUAAAAAAUUGGGUUUCCGAUGAAGCAUCCAAUGAAAUGAUAAAAUGGCUAACAUCGAAACAAAAAAAUGAUUUAAAUAUUGUUAUUGUUGAUUUUGUUGAAAACCAUAAAUUCGUAGAAACAGUUUUAUCGCUAAAUAACAUGAAAACUAACUCAAAUGUUAUUCACGGAGCGAUGUCAUGGCUUAUUAAUGUCACAAGUGUCAUAUUAAUUUGGACAAUAAUUGACACUAUUAUCCUUGCAUUAUAAUCCUCGUUCCCAGAAAGUUUGCUGCCCGAUGUUAAAGCCGCUACCGCUUAAUUGACGGCUAAAGGCUAGUUUCCAUUUUACUGCAUUUUCCACAUUAGCAGAAAAAGCUAUGGAGCUAAACUCGUGAGCUUUUUGCGCUAUAGCAGAAACGCAGUAAGACAGGAACUAAACUUUACACGGCUUUAAUGUAAAGCAAGAACACCAAGGGACGAGAUUUUAAUAGUAAAAUUACUGCCUUAUUAAAUCUUGAAAGAUUGUUUCGACGUCAAA